CUCCUCUCUCUCCCUCUUAUAAUCUCAUGUGGUUUUGAUGCAGAAUAAUUCAAGUAUCCCCGCUGACACUGGCUACGAAAUACGGGGUCAAUCUGUUCGUCACUUUUGCCAGUGCGGUCGAGCGAGCCGGCCAUCAUCCGCCGGGGCGCAUGUUUCUUAUCUUCGGACCUCACUUCGCAAGGCGCUGCUACGCACCGAGAAUCUGGAAUUCGUACUCGCAGACAUACACGCGUCUACCGCCGAUAUGGUGGGUUUCGUGGCUGCUGAACCUAUUGCAUAUCCCUGUAGUGAUCACCAUGGUACGGCUGUAUAUGAUGCUGUGGCGGAUCAUCCGCCAUCGGGAGCAGCACCAGAAGCGAGGAGACCCCAAGAAUGAGGGCAUACUGCAGCAUCUGGUUGAGAAGGGGAGAAGUACCAGAGAGAUUCUGAAGACCGGUGAGCCAGUUCGCAUCUCAGGUGAUGUCUCCGACGACCGCCCCAUGGUUACUGAUAGGGCUUGCAGCCGAUGCGGAUAAUAGAAAAGCGAGCAGGGUUCGCAAUUACCUUCAAACACCGCGUCAUGCUAUGUUAGCUUGUUCGAAGAAACGCGCCUGCAAGGACACCAUAUCGCAUCUAUGGGAUCAUAUGAUGGAAUUAUCACUUUUGGGUAAACCACUAUUCUCAAUACGUUUUAUAGUCUGGUUGUGAUGCUUAUUUGCGCUUAUUAUUCUUUGGAAUAUAGGUAGUUCGGACUUUGCCUUGAUCUUAGCGUCGUAAAUCUUGCAAAUUGGUACCCUGACGGGAUUAUAUAUGCGAGGAACAAUAUCUAUCCCCCGCUAAACCAAUAACCUACAAAUAAUACGCCAGCUGCACUUUUACUGAAUGGCUACUACUAGUACAGUUUAUAAAUACAGAGUCAGCAUGCCAAGUAAGAACACAGCCAAACAUAAAAGAGAAUAGAAGUACAAUGCUGAGUAUAUAUGCUGGCGAUGUUGCCACGUGCUUAGAUAUACCUCUAUCCCUACAACCAGCACUUUUUCC